UUCUGAUCGGACGUCACAAUCUCUCUCCAUAACGUGGAUAUAUUUUUACUGAUUUCUGGAAUAUUGUAGUGGAUAUUAUACCACUCAUCAACUUUAACUUAUAUUGGCUGCUACCUUAGCUUCCAAAUACGCAGUUAUAUCACCGCCAGUUAUCAAGUUUAGAUCCACUCUUUUGCAGUGCACAUCCUCCUUUUUAUAAUCUAAGAACAACGUCACACUAAAGAAAACUAUAGAGAAGUUCAUUAUUUUUGGUUUAUAAAUCAGGAUCAAUUUUUUAGGACAAUUGGUUUCUAUAUAAUCUGUAUUUUACGGUUUAAUACUUUUGUCGAUUUAUUGUUUAUCUAUAAGCAAUAAGAUCCAUACCGUGCCUAUAGUAGUUCUUAGUCUAUAUAUCCACUCGAUAUAUUAUUUGUCCUUAUACUUGUUUUCGAUUUAGCUCAGCUUCUACUUCAAACCAUACUGAUCCGUGUUCAACAAUGACUCAACGUAAUAAACGAGUACUUUCUACACGUAAGAAUAGUUUAGGUCACUCAGCUAAGAAGAUACGUACAUCCCUACACGUUCCACCUAGCCUCAACAACGUCCCCAAAGUCAUUGUGUCCGAUUUGUUAUCAGAGGUAUACGCAACUGCUAAACAAAAUAAGUUGGACCUUAUUUCUCUAGGAAACUCUGUGAAGGAAUUAAAUGAUAAUAUAAACACCAUUAAGCCGUUACUGCUUCUCCGUAACCCAACUCGUGAUAGUAAUGCAGAAAGUCUGCUGAAGGCUGAGCGUAUGUUAGACUUUAUAGCCAAUGAAGUGACUAAACGAAUCUUGUCUUCGUACAAUGUUCUUGCUUACAAUCUGCCUGAUCGGACGCCUCUGGACAAAAUUAAAGUGACAUGUCUCCAAGCGUGUGGUAUGCCAUCAGCGGAUUGCCACCUAAUCAGACUCAGGAAAAAAUCAGGAAAGUAUACUUGUCCUGUGCUGUUUAAAUUCAGUAGUCCUAAUGAUGCUAGGAAAUUCCAGUCGUCUAACAAGCUAAUUAGUUCAUCUACACCUUUUGGCAACGUUAAACUCACUCAUGACCUAACUCCAUGUCAAAGACGUAGCCGCGCAAGUGUAUCAAAUGUCGCAAACACAUACGUAACUGCAGAAUGUCCUACAAAAGACUCUCUCGCCUUAGAUUUAAGUAUACCUAAUGUUACAGACACGCGUGAAAAACAAAUACCCUUAAAUAAUAAAGCUUUACCUAGUAAACUCAACAGUGAAGCAAAUAUGGCCAUAGACUUAGAUGCAUCUUUAGAGUUAUGCUCGCUAGACACAUCAUCAUCAGCUGCUAAUACCACUACGCAAAAGGCUAAGCUUGAGAAUGUAGCAUUCAGUAUAACCUCCCCGAGUAGUACUCACAGUAGUGUGCACACAAAACGGAGUAAUAUAACCCUACCAUCCAGAAUACCUUCACUCAAACCCGUCACUGAUAGGUUACUCAGCAGCAAACCAAAUAACACUAACUUGAGUGACUCCAAUCCCACCAUUAACCCAGGGAAGCUGAAUAAGUCUUCAUACCACCAUAAAUAUAACGUCAAUGAAAGGAGAGGUAACCCGCCAAUUCAUCCAACAUCGAGCAAAUCUUCAUCCGUUAGACAAAACAGACGCUAUAUGUCUGGGCACCCUAAAAAUAAGUUGAAACCCUACGGGCAGGCAUGCACCUACCCCGACACAACUCUCCUAUCUAUAGCUAAUGUAGACAAAAGUUUGAUCCAGAGACCCUUACAACAAGGAACAAGUGGGUUAGGCUUCUUUCCUAAAAGCGGCCUUCUGACUCACCACAUCCCUGACAACCACCGGAUACAGUCCACCCAAGAUAAUCGAUGGACUAAUAUUUACGAAAAUAACUUGAACACACAAAAUAUUAAUCAUAACUGCGAUGCGCGUAACUUUACUCCAGCAUACUAUCCACAAGAAAUACCUACCUCCCCUUCAUCCAAUCUAAAUUUUCUCAGCCAACACGAAAUUUCAGCCUCAAUAUUGACGCAAAUAGCACACAUACUGUCAAGCCACUUAUCACCGGAGGGGAGGGCGAUGCAUUUCAGUCACGGUAUUAUGAACACCUCUACCCCGCCGGGGUAACCAACGAUAGCACAUCUCUCUGUGCUGAUACUGGUGUAGUGCACUUUUCUAGCACUGCCAGUACGUUGCCACCAUCUGAGUUAGCACCCAUCAAACAAUCUGCUCUAGAUGCUAC